AUGGGCUCGAGUUCGCAGACAAACCCAGCAUGGUCAACUAGCAGAGCAUCCAGAAAGUAUCUUUUGUCCUGCAUGGUAGCAGUGAUCACUUUGACACUCUCAUUCGCGGCCUUGUAUGCCUCAUCCAGCUCAGACGACUUCACACACUUAAAAUCGAGUCGGGCGAGCCUAGACAGAUUUGUCCGCAGAGACAAUCUUGGCGACGUUUAUAACAGCACACUCGGUUUUCAGAAAAUCUUCGCAAUUAAUCUGCCAGAGCGAUCUGACAAGGCCGAUACAAUGUUACUUCAAGCCAGUCUGACCAAUUUCACCCUGGAUUUCGUUGAUGGAAUCCGCGGGGAGAAUGUCAGUCCUAAGGCGCUACCUCUUACAAUGAACCAAGGAAAUGGCAGUAUCGGCUGCUGGAGGGCUCAUCUGAAUGUUUGGAAGAGAAUGAUCCAGGAAAACAUUGAAACUGCAUUGGUUUUUGAGGACGACUCGGACUGGGAUAUAGGCAUCAAGGCUCAAUUGCAUGAGCUCGCUAAAGGGUCUCGCUUCUUACUUGAGACCGGCUCCCAGACCCCCAGGUCACCAUACGGAGAUGGCUGGAGCCUCCUGUGGAUUGGGCACUGUCACACAGAUCCCAACAUGACUGACCCAAGACGAUGGGUAAUUCCUCAUGACCCUACUGUACCACUCGCAGGGUAUCGCUCGCAAUUUGGCGGGCACAACAUGACUCGUUGGGCUGAAGGUGACAAUCCUGAUCCUCAAACACGAGUCGUCUACUUCCAGGAUUUUGCCUUUUGCACCUCGGCCUAUGCUGUCACCCGCAGUGCCGCCCAGAAGAUGCUCUACAAACUUAGCAUGAUCCCAUUUAGCCUCACCGUCGAUGGGGGCAUGGGAAACAUGUGCAAGGGAGACCUGCACGACUUCAGAUGUAUCGCGCCUUAUCCCCGCCUGAUCGGAAGGUCCACGCCACCAGGUAGCAUGGCUCGAUCAAGCGACAUUCAAGGUGGCAACGAAAGUGAGGAUCCAGUGCUCUGGGAGGCUCUCUCUGAAAACGUAAUGUUUUCCGUUCGACAAAAUCUUCAGCCUCUGCUCAACGGCGAGUCAGUAUUUAAAAGCAACUUUCCAAAUCCGUCGGGUGAUGAGCUGACCUUGGAGCAAAUUACAUCGUUUAAGGGCCAUAUUGAGUAUUUGGACCAGCCACCAUCAUCAUUAAAGGGUCGAGAAUAA